AUGGAGAGCUUUCCCGAGAGAAUCGAAGUGGCAGUUUAUGUGGCAGCAUUUAUGCCUAGGCCAAGAACGCCGCCUGUACUUCUCUUGCAAGAGUUCUUCAGAGAGAGCAAACUGGAGGCGUCAAUGAAUAAACAGUACACCGUUGAUCAUAACCAUGAUUGGGGGCAAAGAGACGAUUACAUGACAGAUAAGCUGCACCAAAAUUGUUCGCCAGAGGUCCUGGAAUUAGCAAAGAAGUUACCAACACCAGCGAGGAUGUUCCUCAUGGAGGACUUGGCGAACGAAUCCCUCCUGACGGAAGAGCGAUUUGGGUCAGUAGAAAGAGUUUUCGUGAUGUGUGGUGAGGACAAGGCCAACGAGGUGGAGUUCCAGAGGCGGAUGAUGGAUCGGAGUCCUCCCAAGGCGGUGAAGUUGAUUGGAGAAGCUGAUCAUAUGGCCGUGCUCUCCAACCCCAUGAGCUUUGUCAAUGCUUCGAGGAGAUUGCUAAGAAUGACAGUUGAGAAACAGAGUAUAGUACGAAGUGAGUUGGUUCAAUUUGCAUUUCACGCCAUUAACAAUCUGCCACAAUACUGUUACUAUAAUAAUUCUGUGAACUAA